CUUCCUCUAAGAUUCAGUUUAAAGUUACACACAUCCUCAAUCUCCACCCAAGUUCAACCUGAACACGUUCAACAAGAUCACAGAAUGAAGACUCUGCUGCUUUCACUCCUCUGUGUGUUUGUGUGUUCUCAACACACAGAAGGUGUCUCUGAUCAACAGGUGACUUUAGGACAGAGAGUGACUUUAGCUUGUGAGUUCAAUUUAAAAGCUGUUAUUUGGUUUGUGAUAAAGCCAUCAGUUCGUCCAGUGAUGAUAAUGCGCACGUUUGGAUCUGAAAAUCCUGAAUAUUACGACGAAAAAUUCCGCAACAAAUAUUCAGAGGGAAGCAGGAGCCAAUUAAUUAUCUAUACUGUCACUGUUGAUGAUUUAGGAACUUAUUACUGUAUAAAACCAGGCUGGGAUCUUAAGAUCAGUGACGGUAUGAGACUGGACACCACUGAUACAGAUGAACCAGAGCAAAAGAAUCCCCAACAAAAUCAGAUCCUGAUCGUCAUGUUCACCCUGCUGAUGGUUGUGCUGUUUGCUGCUGUGAUAGGUUUAGUAAUUAUGAACCGUAAAAUGUCUAAGAAAAUUCCUAGAUAUGUAAAUUCUCAGCAGAUUUUAGGCAGAAGAACAACAUCCAUUCGGACCAACGGCACUGCUGUUCCUCAUCCACUGACCGAUCAUGAAUAUCUAGAAGUGCUGCCAUCUUCUGAAUAUGAAAUAGCAACAUACUGAAAGAUUGAUUGCUGUUCGAUUCUAAUGAUCAGAAUUAUGUGCUGAUUUUAGCAUUAAAAUGUCAAUCACGUUUUACAACCUUUGACCUGAGAAUUUAUGAACUUUGUAAUGUCGUUGAUUAUGUCUCUUUCUGAGUUGCUAUUAAUUAAGUGAAAUUGGAUGUAGUGUAUAUUACUUUUAAAGCAGCUCUAUGCAGUUUUUUACCUUAAAGCUACACUGUGUGAUUUUUACCCCC